CUAGACUUCAGCUGAACCACCUCAGUCAGUUUUGUGAGCUCUCGCCUACGGCCACCCUCGUACAGUAGACACAGCUCUUACAGGUGUGCGUGUAUCCAGCGUGGCUUCUGUAAGUGCACCUGUACAUUGUCAUGUGAUGAAAGUUUCUGGGCGUGGAAAACUUCGCGGAGCUUGAUCGUUUGGAUUUCUACCGCUGUCCUUGUCACAGUCUCGCGGCUCCGGGAUUAUGCCCUGAUUUCUCUCCUUUUGCGCCCUGAAGGAAUGUUGUUUUUCUCUUCAAACCACAGAGGAAACGAGGGGAGAAUUAUGUGAACUUUCUUAUGAAUCAACGCCGACUUGGAAAUUUACUAUUUGGUUGAUUUGCUUAUCAUCGACGAAGGAAAAGAAGUCUCCAACGUCGUCGCGCCAGUGUAGAACUGUCGUUACCUAAAGGCCUCCGGAACCCUGUUGGACCACUCCGGAACCCUGUUGGAACCCUGAGGAACCGGCGCGCCGGGCCCCACUGUAGCGCAGGACAGCAUAUCCUGCAGAGAUGGCGCUGUGGGCCCUAGCAGGGGUGCUGGUGUGUCUCUCCACCCGUCCCUCUCCCUGCAGCAGCACCACCAGCCACACCGCCCGCUCCUUCGCCUCCAAGAACCCCAUCAACAACGUGGUCCAGGACCCCGCCAACGGCCGCGUCUACGCCGGCGCCGUCAACUUCCUCUACCAGCUGGACGCCAACCUGUCCCUGGAGCACAAGCAAGAGACCGGCCCGCACAAGGACAGCCCCCACUGCACGCCGCCCAUCAUCAACUCCAACUCCGCCUGUGUCGACCCCAAGGACACGGACAACCACAACAAGCUGCUGCUGGUGAACUCAGCUAACGGCAGCCUGGUGGUGUGCGGGAGCCUGUUCCGUGGCAUCUGCUCCCUGGUCAAUCUCACCGACAUCAAACAGGUGCUUUACUACAGUGACAGUAAAGGGGAGAAGACCUACGUGGCCAGCACUGAGGAGAGCGUGAACGUUGUCGGGGUGAUGUCGUCCACCGUGAGCGACAACCACAACCUGAGCGCCUUCGUGGUCGCCAAGGGCUACGGCCCGUCCGACGGCUCCAAGCUCAUCAGCACGCGCGUCCUGGAGGACUUCAACGAGUGGGUGAUGUUCGAGAACAUCGUGGACGCCUCCACGGUGCAGGCGAGCUCCUUCGCGCAGCGCUACCUGCACGACUUCCGCCACGCCUUCAAGGACAGCGGCUUCGUCUACUUCCUGUUCUCGCGCACCACCGGCGUGGGCGACAAGGCCAACUUCACGUUCGUGGCGCGCCUCUGCGAGAACGACACCCACUACUACUCGUACACGGAGCUACAGCUCAACUGCAGCGGCUCCAACCGCUACAACAAGGUCCAGGCGGCGUACGUGGCGCCGGCCGGCGUCGAGCUGGCCAGAGACCUGACCGCCGCCGGCGAGCACGGCCCGGUGGAGCCCGACGACCUGGUGGUGUACGCCGUCUUCAGCUCGGACGAGGACGCGACGGGCCACUCGGCGCUGUGCACCUACCCGCUGCCCAGCAUCAACCGGGCGCUCAAGACCAUCAUCAGCGCGUGCUACAACAACGGGGGCCUCAUCAACGGCAAGGUCAGCGUCUACUCGCCCUACGUCAACAAGGAGGCCUGCAGAAGCAAUGAGUUUGCGCAGAACAAUCUGGUGGACAACUACAUCUGUGGCGACGAGUUCCUCCCUUCCCCGCUGGCCGGCAAGCCAGAGGUGGCCCUCUCCACCACUGAAACCUACACCCGCCCUGGCCUCCUUACUGCCGUGGCCGUCGCCGUGGAGACCUACCACACUGUGGUGUUCCUGGGCACCAUAGGUGGCGAAGUUCACAAGGUGCACCUGGCCAAUAACUCCCACUUCUAUGGCAAAGUACCAGGGGUCAACACCGGGGAGAGGAUCAACAAGAACAUGUUCUUUGACCUCAAGCAGGACCACCUCUACAUCACCUCUGAGAAGACGAUCACCAUGGCUCCAGUGCAGGCGUGUCACCUGAAGAAGGACUGCCAGUCCUGCAUGGCACUCAGGGACCCUUACUGCGGCUGGUGUGUCCUGGAGGGCAGGUGUACGAGGAAGGGCGAGUGUGAGAGUGCGACGGAGGAGAAUGCCUGGCUCUGGAGUCCCCAGCAAGAGUGUGUGACCAUCGAGAAGUUCACACCACCCAACAUCAGCUGCAAGAAGACCCAAAAUGUGGUGAUCACUAUCCCGAAACUCCCUCCGAUCGAUGAAAUUGAUCGUCCGAUCUGCAUGUUUGGGUUGUUGGACAAGACCGCUGAUGUCAGUGAGACAAAUGUCACCUGUCACCUACCGGAGGUGAACAGGAUCCCUCCCACACCUGGGAAUCAAGAUUAUGUGGCCGUACCGGUGAGGAUCCUGUUGACGUCUCGUUGGGGAGGACAUACGGUGGAGGUGGCGGUCAGUGAGUUCCAGUUCUACAACUGUGCUGCAGUAGUGAAGAGCUCAGAAAACACACCGUGCAGCGCGUGUGUCAACAGUCAGUGGGGUUGUCAGUGGAACACCAAGGACCACACCUGCAGUGACAGCGACGAUUUCGUAAAUGAUCACAUCGUCAAACACAAGCAGGGAGAGCUCUGCCCUCAGUUUGAGAACCCACAGCCGCUGCUCAUCCCUGUGGGAAUCAAGACUCCCAUCACCUUCCAGGGCAAGAACCUGGAGGUUUACCAGGGUGAAAGUUUUAAGAUUGGCACUGACCUCAUGAAGCAGGAGGAGGAAGUGGUCACCCAGGAUGCUGAGUCCAGCUUCUUCAAUUUCAGUGGAUAUGUGUUUUCCUAUGACAAGACCCAAGAGGUGAAUGUAACGUUUCACAUCAAGAAGAGGGCAACUGAGAAGAAGAUUGACAGCACGCUGCAAGUGGUGCUGUAUAACUGCUCUGUGGGUCGUGAGGACUGCAGCCUGUGCAAGAACGCCAACGAGACGUACGGCUGCGUGUGGUGCGCCACCACCCACUCCUGCAUCUACAAGGACCUGUGCCCACGGGAGGAGCUGCAGUGCCCAGAGCCCACCAUCACGGACAUCAUGCCACGCUUUGGGCCCCUGAAUGGAAACAUAGAGGUCACGAUCAAGGGCUCCAACCUGGGCAUCAAGCAGGACGACAUCAAGAGAAUCACAGUGGCUGGAGAACCCUGUGAGCAUAAGGCGGACAAGUACUCAGUCUCCACUAGUGUUGUGUGUAAGAUCGGACCAGUGCGGCGGCCUCCUGAAAGUGAAGUCCUUGACACGUCGGUAAAGCAGGGAGUGGUGGAGGUGGAGGUGGAAGGAGGUCGCAAGGGGACAUCUGAAGUGCUCUUUACUUACCGGGAUCCCCAGCCCGAGCGUGUGUUCCCAAACAAAGGGCCUGCUGCUGGGGGAACCAACAUCACAAUCAGGGGCAAGGACCUGGACACAGCCUCCCAACACGACAUCAGCAUCCUUGUAGGAGGAGGACUAGGAGGAGUAGGAGGAGUGCCCUGCACAGUGCUGUCCUUUGGGGAGGUGAUUAUCUGUAAAACAGGCGAUUACACUGGCCCGCGCCUCCCUACCGAACAUCUGCCCGUCACCGUCAAAUAUGGCAGCCACACGACCAAAGAAGUGAGGGACAGCUUCCAGUACGCUGAUAAUCCCAAGGUCACAACCACAGACCCCAAAAACAGCUUUGUGUGUGGCGGCCGGAACAUCAUGGUACAGGGAACCGGUUUCAGUCUUACCCAGCUUGCCCAGGUGCAAGUGCGGUCCUCUGGAGAUGGCACAUCCAGCAAAAGUGACUCCAUCGUGUUUUUGGAGGAUGUUCAUAUUAAGAACGACUCGUUUCUAGAGUUCCUCUCCCCGAAAGUGAGCAAGUCCGAUGACCUUCAGGCCCUUAGAACCGUCAUUCAGCUGGACAACCAGGAGGUGGAGCUGACAGGGUUCCACUACCAUCCAGACCCCGUGUUUGAGAAUCUCACCAAAACCUUCAUUUCGGAGAAUAGCGUCAUCAUUGUCUCGGGCCGGGGCUUCGCCAAAGCCAUGACGGCCAGAGAGGCGGAAGCGUACCUGGGGGACGUGAGGUGCAACAUCACCAUCCUCAACGACGACAAGAUCUUCCUGGAGGCGCCCGCCACACACCCGACGCGCCCACGCAGACACAAGAGGGACACCAACUCACAGCUCCUGGACCUGGUGAUUAAAUUCGGUAACGGAGAGUGGAAGGUGGGCUCGGUGCAGUACGAGAGGAAGUAUGAGGCUCCACUAUUGGCUAUCAUCCCCGGAGUCAUCAUCCCUAUGGUGCUCUUCAUCAUCUUCUCAGUCUACUGCUACAGGAGGAAGAGCCAGCAGGCAGAACGAGAAUAUGAGAAGGUCAAACACCAACUGGAGAACUUGGAGGAGAGUGUGCGAGACCGCUGCAAAAAAGAAUUUACAGACCUGAUGAUCGAGAUGGAGGACCACACCAAUGACCUGAGCGAGGCGCGUAUCCCCUUCCUGGACUAUAAGAACUACACGGACCGCGUCUUCUUCCUGCCCUCCAAGGACGGCGCCAACGACGUCAUGAUCACGGGCAAGCUGGACAUCCCAGAGGCGCGCAGGGCCAUCGUGGCACAGGCCCUGAACCAGUUCUCCAACCUGCUCAACAGCAAGACCUUCCUCAUCAACUUUAUCCGCACGCUGGAGAGCCGUCCGGACUUUAAUGCGCGGGCGCGCGUCUAUUUCGCCUCCCUCCUGACGGUGGCGCUGCACGGGAAGCUGGAGUACUACACGGACAUCAUGAGGACGCUGCUGCUGGAGAUGAUGGAGGAGCACGUCCAGAGCAAGAACCCCAAACUCAUGCUGCGCAGGUCCGAGACUGUGGUGGAGAGGAUGCUGUGUAACUGGAUGUCCAUCUGCUUGUACCAGUUCCUCAAGGACACGGUUGGAGAGCCCCUGUACAAGCUGUUUAAGGCCAUCAAGCACCAGGUGGAGAAGGGGCCGGUGGACGCCAAGAUGAAGAAGGCCAAGUACACACUCAACGACACGGGCCUGCUGGGGGACGACGUGGAGUACUGCGUCCUGACCCUGCAGGUUCUGGUGCACGGGGAGGGUCCGGACGUGACCCCAGUGAAGGUCCUGAAUUGCGACACGAUCUCGCAGGUGAAGGAGAAGAUCAUCGAACAGGUGUAUCGCAACCUGCCCUACUCUCAGAGGCCCAAGGUGGAGAGUGUCGCCCUAGAGUGGCGCCCAGGUUCCACAGGGCAGAUCCUUUCUGACCUGGACCUUACCUCCCAGAAGGAAGGCCGUUGGAAGAGGCUCAACACACUGGCCCAUUACAACGUGCGAGACAACGCCACGCUGGUGCUGUCCAGAGUGCUUCACACUCAACAGUCCUUUGAUCAGAAUCAGGAUAACCAUGAAGAGCGCAACGCUCUGUUGGAGGACGAUAAGGUGUUCCAUCUGGUGCGUCCGGUGGACGAGCUGGAGGAGGGCAAGUCCAAGAGGGGAAGCAUCAAGGACAAGGCCACCACCAAAGCUAUCACCGAGAUCUACCUGACCAGGCUGCUGUCCGUCAAGGGUACGCUGCAGCAGUUCGUUGAUGACUUCUUCCGCAGCGUUCUCUGCUCUGGGACCGUAGUCCCUCCGGCGGUCAAGUACUUCUUCGACUUCCUGGACGAGCAGGCACAGAAACACGACAACGUGGACGAGGAGACGAUACACAUCUGGAAAACUAACAGUCUGCCCCUGCGCUAUUGGGUGAACAUCCUGAAGAACCCCCAUUUCAUCUUCGACGUGCACAUGUCGGAGGUGGUGGACGCCUCGCUGUCCGUUAUCGCCCAGACCUUCAUGGACGCCUGCACCAAGACGGAGCACAAACUCAGCAGGGAAUCCCCAAGCAACAAAUUACUCUAUGCAAAGGAGAUCUCCACAUACAAGAAAAUGGUGGAUGAUUAUUACAAGGGCAUCAGACAGAUGGUACAAGUGAGUGACCAGGACAUGAACACCCACCUUGCAGAAAUAUCACGGUCUCACACAGACAAACUGAACACCCAGGUGGCUCUGCAUCAGCUUUACCAGUAUGCCAGCAAAUACUAUGAUGGGAUCAUCGCGUCCCUGGACGAGGACCCGGCGGCGCAGAGCAAGCAGCUGACCCUGCGUCUACAGCAGAUCGCCGCCGCGCUGGAGAACAAGGUCACUGACCUCUAAUGACCCGCUCCCAGGUCAGCGUCGGGGCCGUAACCAGGGACAACAGAGAGAGAAAGAGAGAGAGAGAGAGUGUGUAAGAGAAAGAGAACGAGAGCGAGAAAGAGAAAGAGGUCAAAAAAAGAAAGUGAACAAAGGAGAGAAAGAUGAGAGGGGUGGAUGUGUGUCCCUCCCUCUGCCCAAAGACAUAGAGACUCCUUUGGGCUUUUGUGGGCAGAGAGAUCUCCGUUGGAUGAACAGCUUGGCAUGGACGCUGUACUGUACACUUACAAAGAAUGGACAGUAGAAAGGCAUGAAGGACUCUUUCUCUCUCUCUGACCCUGGAUUGCCCGCCAUGGACCCCCCCUUCCACACAC